AUGGUUCCCUCUACUUCUGACUCGUCGAGAGCAAAGAGUGGCAUGCGUCCACCCCUCGCUUCAGCAAAUGCCCCAUCCAUGGCCGACUCGCUGCCCAGCAUCAACUCUGAAUUCGAGGAUCUGCGCAAUCGUAUGGCCCAAUUCACAACAAAGUUUGACGAAGCCAUCGAGCGUAGACGUAAACAGGUCCGAGAAGAUCGUGACCAGUUUCAUGUCAAGCUCACUGAACUGCAAGAAGAUGAACGAAUGAUACAACGGGAUAUCGAAAUCAUCAAUCUCAAAUCCCAAUCUCACAAAGAGACCAUACAAAACGAAGCCGCAGAGGCUACUGAAAUGCAUGCUGCAAUCUCGUCUAUCACCAGUGAGCGUGACUCCCGACUUGCGAAACGCGACCAUCUCAAACAGCAAAUUGCGGAGAUACGGAAUUCUAUUGCCCAGAGGGUUGAAGCGCAAAACGCUCAUGCGAAAUACCUAGAGGUGCAACCCCACCUGAAUGAUCCCGAGCUGGCUUUUUCGCAAAAUAAUCUUUCUCUACGCAUAGAGGGGGCUGGGAGGGAAGAUCGGUUGAAAUUCAUUUACACUCAUAUCUUGGCGAAGGAUUGGGAGAAUGAGGCUUGGUUUGAGCUGGGGAUUGCUAGUCGUAACUAUGGGAUUGCUAGUCGUAACUAUGAAAUUUUCCAGACCGAGCCAAAAUUGGAUCGUGAUGCUUUGGAGAGAGAGGUGAAUCUUGUGAAUGAGAAUCGGAAUUUAGGGGCUUUCCUCAAGCGGGUGCGGAAGCUUUUCGCAGAUACAAUGAAUUAG